AUGGAACCGCUGUCCCCUCGCUCAACGAAUAUUCCACUGCAAAACAAACCGUCUGCAGCAUAUAAAAAGGUGGAUCGUCACGCCCCUCCGGCUCCUGUGGCCGCAAAGGCCGCGCCUUCCAAAAUCCAUGCGCCGCCGCCACCUUCUAUCGUGAGGGAGCCUGGGGAAGACGGUGAGGAAUAUUCCACAGGACUGUUCCUCGGAAAAGGAGGGUUUGCUGUCUGCUACGAAGGAAAGCUUGUGCGCAAUGGCCGAGUCUUUGCGCUGAAAGUUGUUCGAUCUGAAAUGACCCAGAAAAAGAUGGCUGAGAAGUUCCGAACUGAGCUCGAGAUUCAUUCUAAAUUACGACAUCCAAAUAUUGUCCGCUUUCACCGCGCUUUCGCAUAUUUCGAUUGUACAUACGUGGUCCUUGAUUUAUGUCCUAAUGGUUCGGUGAUGGAUAUGGUUCGAAAACGAAAAUCGCUGACCUUACCUGAAGUCCGACGAUUCAUGAUUCAGCUUUGCGGCGCAGUAAAAUAUCUACAUAAGCGAAACGUCGCCCAUCGAGAUCUCAAAAUGGGCAACCUGUUUUUGGACCGGAAUAUGGACAUCAAAGUUGGUGAUUUCGGACUGGCGGCUAUGAUCUUGUCAGAAAAAGAGGCAAAGCGACGACAAACACUAUGCGGUACUCCGAACUAUAUUGCACCGGAGGUCAUUGAUAGAAGCAAAGGCGGUCACAAUCAAAAAGUGGACAUAUGGUCAUUAGGCGUUAUUUGUUUUGCCAUGCUGGCAGGUUUUCCACCCUUUCAAUCCAAAACACAAGAAGAGAUAUACAAGAAGGUCAAGAACCUAAAUUAUGUCUGGCCAAAAGACAACGAAUGUGCCAACGACAUCCCAGUCGAAGCAAAGACCCUUGUCAGCUCUUGCCUGAACCUGGAUGAAGAGAAGCGGCCUUCUGCAGAUGAGAUUGUCGACCAUGAGUUUUUCAACAUGUACCCCGGGUGUAUUCCCCGAUCGCUAGACCCUGCGUGCAAACAGAUGAAACCAGUCUGGUUAAAGAUGGAAGAACCACACGGAGAUCGAAUGAUACAAGGUUAUAGUCUGGAAUAUGAAAGUAAAUAUCGAAGCAGAGCUGCACAAAUCAAAGAUCCCCGAGAAAGAUAUGCAUUUUGCAGAGAGGCGUUUUACGCCGAGUGUGGAGUCGGUUUCAAACGGGAUGGAAAUCCUCGCAAAUGUGCCGGCACACAUUCUUCCAAGAGUGUCUUCUCAGAAACAUCAGCAGAAACGGACAAGGGGCUUUCGCCUGUCAUCCCACUACCAGCAGACUUUGUUUAUAAGUAUCCCGUCUGGGCCGAUGGUGAUUGGAGCGUUCCUGAUAAUGCUGUUCCAUCAGCAACCGAUUUCAGCGAUUCGAAUAGCUCCGAUGAUAGCAAUGAUCAAUUGUCUCAGUCAGAUACCACGGAAAAGAUGAAUGCAGCUUCCGUGGCGAGAACGCAGGCUGCUCUGGCCGCAGCACAAUCGCGACGGCUUGAAGCAAAACCGAAAAGCCAUGCAGCCACACUUCGCCAGCAAGCAUUACCUCUUCGUACAUCAAGUCGACAGGCUUCCACAAUGCGGGCUCCACCAGCUACAACUACGCAGUCAAGGAGAACUCCUUCUGGCUCUCGUGAUAUGACCCCCGACUCUCCUCCAAAGGGCUUGGCUCAAAGGCCUGUUCGAAUUCCUAGAGGAGUUGCCGCAUCGUACUCAGCUACCAUUCGAGAUUUGGAUAGGCUUGUUGCACCUCCUAUGCCCAAAUCUGACAGUGUACCUAAUGGUCUUGGGAUGGGUAAGACUCGGUCUCAAUCACGUCGCCAGUAUGAGACCGCUAUGGACAGGCCAUUACCUCCUAGUCAAGACGAAGUACGUUCAGCUACGCCGUUAAACGAUAAUAUUGUCGCCAGAUCGUCUCGUACAAGGAAUAUGCGAGCACCAGCCUCUGGAUAUGAAACCCGACCCGAAAGAUCGGAAACCCCAGUGGAACCACAGCAAAUAUACAAAUCGUCGCAGCCACCUGCAGAUGCGGUCCAAAAUCAUGCACGAACUUCCAGCAAAUCCAGUACAUCCUCCAAUAAACCACGAUCAACACUGGGGGCGAGCCCGCUUAUACAUCCUAAUGAGAAGUUCGAUUUGAUUCCCCGCUCUUCUCCUGAAGACGUUGUUGUCGACAUCAAACUUAUGCUUCGAAAUAUGACUCCUUCAGCAUCGCGAACAUACCGUUCUCACUUCAAACGUCGUCCUCAUCCAUACGUCAUCAAAUGGGUUGAUUACACAAAUCGCUAUGGCAUUGGCUAUAUACUAGACGACGGCACAGUUGGAUGCGUGUUCAAAGGCGAGCACGGCCAAGCGGCAAGCGGUGUCAUCUUACGAGACGGAGAGAAACACAUCCGACGCAAGUCUCGAUGUUUAGAGAAUCGAGACUCAGCUCAGUAUGCAUACUCGGAAGUUGAUCAACUCGUGCCACGAAACGGAAAACCUAUAGAGUUUUAUGAAAAUACAGAACACGGGUCUACCGAAGUUCGUGGGAUGAAGCGUGUUCUUGUGCGGCCAGAGGUGUUCGAGGUCAAGGUCUCUACUAGUGGAAACGGAGCUAUGGGGAUCAAAGUGAGGACUGACAUUCCCCCAGAGCAAGCAAAAUCUGAGGCAGAAAAGGUGAAGAGAGUGAAACUAGUCGAUCAAUUCGGGAAAUAUAUGAUUGGCUCGUUGGGUAGGCACGGCGCAGAUGAUGCUACGAGCGACGAGCCAAGUAUGACGAAAGAAUCAGAUGUUUGCAUCAAAUUCUAUCAACGGUUGGGCAAUGUUGGUGUUUGGGGAUUUGGAGACGGUGCUUUUCAGUUCAAUUUUCCCGACCAUACCAAGCUCGUUAUUUCACAUAGCAAAAGCAGAGGAUCCUCGCCAUGGAUCGACUUUUACCAUCUAUCGCCAUCUGCGGCACGAUAUUUAGCUGCUAAAGGCAAAAUGCAUCCGUCUGGAUUUGAUACUCGCGCUGUUGCUUCAGAUGAAGCAGCUACAUUCCUGGCUGUAGCCAAUGAAUCGACUGAUACUGGUGGAGAUGGCCGAUUACGCGACGUCCUUCACGCCAAUUGCUUUAUGCGGAAGAUGAAAUUCGUCAAAGAAGUUCUCAGCACUUGGGUAUAUUACGGCCGUCUAGGUGGUCGACCUACCACCUCCACGACCACUGGAAAUACGCAACCGACAGAGAUCUUCUGGGAUGGUCCACAGGAACGUCCAUCCAGUGGAGUAGGAAAAUAUGUCUGGGUGACAGUAGGAGCUCAAGGUGGUGAUGGAGAAUAUAUCUGCAUGGCGCCUAAUGCUCCUGCCACUACCGCAAGUGAACAGGGUACUGCUGGUCUGGCGUCUUCCACAUCAUCGCCCCAGAAACAACGCUAUCAACUACAAAACGGCGCAGGCCAGCGAACCGACAGGGCGAUGGCGGGGACUAUGCGAGGGGGCAUGGAUCGGAAUUGAUUGAUUAAAUUAAUGAAUGGGAUUUUGAAGAUAUCGCGGUGUUUUUUCUUCCUUUCUCUUGUUUUUGUUGUCGUUUUGUCUGUAAUCUUUGCUUCAUGACUAAUGACUGAACUUGGCUGGGUUUGAACGUUUGGAUUCUGGAUACCAACACCAAGUGUAUUGUACCUAUAACUAACUAAAUAGCGAGAAAGCAAGAAAUGCAAUUCACAGGAGUUAUCUCACGUC